GGAGGUCCUUCAUUUCCCAAGGUUCGCUGGGUCAUGGUGCCAGCCUGACUGAGAAGAGGACGCUCCCGGGAGACGAAGGAGGAACCACCUCCUCCUGCUGUUCAAGUACAGGGGCCUAGUGAGCAAAGGGAAGAAAAGCAAAAGAUGAAAAUGGCUAAAUUCGUGAUCCGCCCGGCGACUGCCACCGACUGCAGUGACAUGCUGCGGCUGAUCAAGGAACUGGCUAAAUAUGAAUACAUGGAAGACCGAGUAAUAUUAACUGAAAAAGAUCUCCUAGAGGAUGGUUUUGGAGAGCACCCUUUCUACCACGGCCUUGUUGCGGAAGUGCCCAAAGAGCACUGGACUCCGGAAGGACACAGCAUUGUUGGUUUUGCCAUGUACUAUUUUACCUACGACCCAUGGAUUGGCAAGUUACUGUAUCUUGAAGACUUCUUCGUGAUGAGUGAUUAUAGAGGCUUUGGUAUAGGAUCAGAAAUUUUGAAGAAUCUAAGCCAGGUUGCCAUGAAGUGUCGCUGCAGCAGCAUGCACUUCUUGGUAGCAGAAUGGAAUGAACCAUCUAUCAACUUCUACAAAAGAAGAGGUGCUUCCGAUUUGUCCAGAGAAGAGGGAUGGAGGCUCUUCAAGAUUGACAAGGAGUACUUGCUAAAAAUGGCAGCAGAGGAGUGA